AUGGGUAAGAAGGCAUUCGCUAAGAAAACCAAACCCAGCCGCCGAGAAACCCCGGAGGCACGACCACAGCCAACCCCACCAGCACCCGUCGCUCAGCCAUCGCCCAUGGUUUCCUUGGAUGCCAUGAUGGCAUUUCUUCACCAACAGGACCCAAAUAGGGACUGGACGACGGCUCUGACCAGUUUCGGCCAAACGGGGGGCGUCGGAACCACAUCCAGCGAAGCUCCGCCUGCGCCGGUCAGUCAUGCAGCAGUUUCAGUACCGGAUUCGGCAGAACAUGACGCUAUCGCCGCACAUUACGACUCCGACUAUGAGGAGCGUAAGAAAAAGUCGAGUCAAGGCAAGACAACUCCGGAGGGGAGCGAAGGAACAGAGAAAACGCCGGAAGCGGAACCGUUGGUAGGAGGGGAAGGAGAAGUACUGAGUAAAGAAAAAGAACCAGUAGACCCCCUAGUGAAAGCCGAGGAUGAUAGAAUACAAGUAAGAGAGGAAGGUACUGCGUCUACGGAAGUCAAGGACACAGGAACAGAGACAGCGGAGCCAGAAGUAGAAGCACCUCAGAUUGUAAAGCCGAUUCCGGUCAGGCGAAAACUGGUGGUGAAAGCAGACCCCAAGGCAGACUCGCCCAAGCCGCAGAGGGUAUCGCAACGUUGUUUAGGUAAGUGGGCCUCCAGCGGGGCAAAACCGAACACGGCGGAGGACCCCAUAGAGAUCGCAAGCGAGGAAGAGCGAGCCACUCCGAAAGAGGCUGAAGGUGAACCUGUUCAAGCUACUGAUCAGGAAGACACAGGGGUGUCUCCAGUACAGAACGAACCGGGCACGACAACGGAAGGAAUGGCUGGGGGACCGAACCUCACAUCAGAGUCAGGAAGGUCUGCUGGAUCUGAGAAGGACGAGGCCUUACUCCAAGCUGAGGAGGAAGCCAGGUAA